GAAAGCGCCCGGCUGACCGUUCCUCCCACUCAACACACUCGCCGCUACAGUCACACCACGCACGGCACGGCUCGGCGUACCUACACUGCACAUCACUGGCCGCCGCCGCGAUGGCCCGCACGAAGCACACCGUGGCGAGGAUGCCCAGGGAGGCGCCGCCCUGCUUCGAGCGCUCCCGUCCCUGGAGGCCGCCGCCGCCGCUACGGAUGGUGUCGCCAGAGCCUCGGCCGGAGCCGGAGAAGAAGAAGAGGGCGCACCGGUCCCGCCCGGGCGCGGUGGCGCUGCGGGAGAUCAGGAAAUACCAGAGCUUCACCGGUCUGCUCCUCCCCUUCGCGCCAUUUGUCCGCCUGGUUAAGGAGAUCACCAACUCCUUCUCGACCGAUGUGAACCGCUGGACUCCUGAAGCGCUCGUCGCGCUGCAAGAGGCUGCAGAGUAUCGCUUGGUAGACUUAUUUGAAAAGGCAAAUAUCUGCGCCAUCCACGCCAAGCGAGUUACCAUCAUGCAAAAGGACAUACAUCUUGCCAGGCGCAUCGGGGGGCAAAGGCAUUGGUAAUACUAAUGGAAGAUGCUUUCUUGGGUCGGGGUGUGCAAAUAUAGUGGUCAUAAUAAUCGGUUACGUUUGUGAGUGUAUCAUUAACAAGUGUGGGUGUGUAUUGGUUAGCUUGUCGGUUCUGACUUGAUGCGUGUUAGGGCUCAGAUGAGUUUUCAGCCUUUGCUCCAUUUUAAUUGUCUAAUUCAGAGUUUCUGCGAACAACACUAUGAUAUGGAUUCUGAAAUUACUAGUAAUUGUUGCUCACUA